AUGUCCGUCCAACCAAUUGACCCCGUGUCAGACCCUCGUGUCGAGCACAGAUAUGCGACACUCAACGGGCAGAAAUAUCAUUACCUCUAUGCAGUACCUCGUUCUGGCGACUACCAGCACACUGUGUUUUUGAUCCAUGGUUGGCCCGACCUAUCAAUAGGAUGGAGGUAUCAGAUCCCACUCCUAGUCGAUAUGGGAAUGCGGGUCGUUGCGCCGGACAUGAUGGGAUAUGGCGAGACAGACGCUCCGAAAGUCCCGCCAAACUCCAUCAAGCUCUAUGGACUUAAGAGAGCAUCAGAUGACAUUGCUGCAUUGGCGAAAGAGGUCGGCGCGCCGAAGAUCAUUCUCGGUGGCCACGACUGGGGAGGUUUUGUCGUCUGGCGGGCAGCUCAGUGGUACCCUGACCUUGUCUCACAUGUCUUUUCGGUCUGUACACCAUAUACUGCUCCUCAUGACAAGUACAUGUCCACUGAAGAUCUCGCCAAUGGUCCCUUGCCCCAAUUUGCUUACCAAAUUCACCUCGCUUCAGGUGAGGUGGAAAAGAUUGUCAAAGAUGAGCAGUCGAUCAGGCAGUUUUUGAAGGGUAUGUAUGGUGCUAAGGGGCCGAAAGGUGAGAUCGCCUUUGAUCCUGAGAAGGGCGUGCUGGGAGAAAAUCUGCCCUCAAUUGGGGAAAGCAAGGUUUUGAAUGGAAAGUACCUAGACUACUACGUCAAGCAGUACUUGAACCACGGCAUACACCCCACUUUGAACUGGUACCGUCAACGCCGCACAAACUGGGAAGAAGACCAAGCCCUCCUCUCCCACAAGCAAAUCGUCCAACCCGUCCUCUUCAUUCAAGCCACGCACGAUGGCGUUCUCAAACCAGAAAUGUCAAAGAGCAUGGAAAACUUCAUCCCCAAGCUGACACGAGGAGAGGUAAAGGCGGCCCACUGGGCGUUGACCCAGAAGCCCGAGGAGUGCAAUACGAUUAUCCGCCAAUGGUUUGAGGGACAGGGGUUGGUGGCGAAGAAGAAGCGAGAGAGUGCUUUGUAG